UUCCAAAAUAUGUUGAAACGUCCUCUUUUUUUUUUAAUGUCUUUUCUAUAAAAUUUUCCAAUUUUGUUUAGUUCAACAAUGUGUGAGAGUUGGAAUUGGAUCUUUCUAGGCUUUGAUGGAUGAUAUAUCUGAGCUCAAAUUGGCGCUUUUUGCCCUUUUUUGGUGGCUCGUGACUGUGAAAUUGUGAUUGUGAGAUGAGAUUCUAGGGAGAUUUGGAUUCUUCUCCAACAAUGGCUGUGGGACUGGGAACCGGAAUGGAGGCCGCAACUAGAAAGAAAAUGAUACAUCAUCAACAACAACUCCACUGAAAGCGAGUGACAGCCAUCUGCGGAAGAAGAAGAAGCAGAAGCGGAAAUGGGUAUGCUGCAAGACGACGUGGUUCUGAUCAGGCAGUCCGAGAGCGAGGGUGAGCCAAGCGUCAUCACUGUAAAUUGCCCUGAUCAAAUUGGUUUGGGAUGUGAUUUGUGCCGCAUAAUUCUCUUCUAUGGACUCAAUAUUGUCAGAGGAGAUAUCUCAACGGAUGGGAAAUGGUGCUAUAUAGUAUUUUGGGUGACUGGAAAUUCAAAGACCAGGUGGGCCUCGUUGAAGAAGAGACUAGUGGAAGCUUGCCCUUCCUGUUAUUUGGCUUCAGGGAUUGCUUACAACAACUCCGACCUGCAGCCACCAAAGCCUCCUGAUGUGUUUCUUUUGAAGUUUUGCUCUUACGAUAGAAAGGGACUUCAACAUGAUGUGACGUGGGUUCUCUGUGAGCUCGAGUUUACUAUAAAGAAAGUGAAGGUGUCCACCACCCCUGAUGGAAAAGUGAUGGACCUAUUCUUCAUUACAGACACCAGGGAACUCUUGCAUACCACAAAGAGACAGCGGGACAUGUACGACCAACUAAAGCUUGUUUUUGGGGAAGAAAUAAUAAGUUUUGGAAUAGAAAUGUUGGGUCCUGAAGUUACCACAUGUUUGCAGAGGUCUUCAUUCCUUCCUUCAGUAUUCACAGAAGACAUCUUUGACAUGGAGUUUCAGAAUCACAACAAACUCUCAAGUGGAUCACUCACCUCCAAUGGUGUUUCCAUUUCUUUGGACAACUCACUGAGCCCUGCUCACACCCUUGUCCAAAUUGUUUGCCAAUACCAGAAAGGUCUUCUUUAUGAUAUAAUGAGGACUCUGAAGGAUUACAAUAUUCAGCUCUCGUAUGGCCGUUUCACUACAAAACAAGGGAGGAACUGCGAAGUUGAUUUGUUCAUUGUGCAAGCCGAUGGCAAGAAGAUUAUAGACCCUAGUAAGCAGAAUGCAUUCUCGAAUCGACUGCAGAUGGAACUAUUUCGUCCCCUUAGUGUAGCUGUUGUGAGCAGGGGCCCUGAUACAGAAUUGUUGGUUGCUAACCCGGUGGAGCUAUCGGGAGAGGGGCGGCCUCUUGUUUUCUUUGAUAUCACUCUUGCAUUGAAGUUGCUGGAUUCUGGCAUCUUUUUGGCUGAGAUCGGACGAUAUGUGAUUCAAGAUCGAGAAUGGGAAGUUUACCGAGUCUUGCUCGACGAAGGCGAGAACUCCUCUGUCCCAAGGAACAAGAUCGAGGAACGAGUUUGGAAGGCAUUGAUGGGUUGGGAAUAAAAAACUGCAAAGCUGGUGUGUAUAUAUAUAUAUGUCUGUAAGGUACAUAUUCAGAUAAACUUAUGUUUCCACAAGUUAUUUUUGUACAGAGAGAAGUUUUCAAGAGAGGUGCCUAUGAAGGAUGUAACAGAUAUUAGCAAAGUUCUAACAACAUUGUAAUAAUGUAUUUUAUAUAAUUAUAUAAAUAUUGUGUAUGACAUUAACUUA